GAACGUGUCUACUGCCAGCCAGUUAACACUGAAGGCUGAAGGAAUCUGUAUGUAUGCACGAAGUUUUCGAGAAUACUGGGACAAGAAGGAGAGACUGGCUUGGAAGUUACGUCGAAGAGCGGCGGAUUCGAAAUAGUAUCCGGAACAAAUUAUGUUGAUUCGGUCCAACCGACAAUCGCAUCUCAAGUUGCUCCUCGAUUUCUUUUCAAUUAUCUACCAAUUUCGUCAUAUGCUCCCUCACAGUUUCUAGAAAUGUCGGCAAAACGGCACGAACUCGUCGCGUGACAGAGGGUUGGCCGGGCUGAGUUCAGAAGCCUUACCCGAGUGAACUCGGAUAUCAUACUGUCUCUGUCUAACACAUCAGAUUACACAAAGGCACAGCGAUACUCGAGUCAUUCGAGUAAGGUUUCUGAACUCUGCCCUGAAGUUCUAGCGGGUCGGCUGGAUGUUAUAAGCAGUGUUGCCAGCGCGGAUUGCCGUAAUCCCGCCAAAAACCGUUAGACUCGUCUGAAUUAUUUCUCAUCAAAAAUCACCGGACCAGCUACGUUUUAGGCCAAAAAGAAACACCGAACUUCGAAAACCGAAUUUGACAAAGCGAUCAAGAGGCGUACAUACAACCCAACUGGAAACGACCAGAUUUAGCGGGAAUACCACCAGGUUGGCAACACUGCUCUCUCGUUCUUCUUUGGUUCUUACCACGUCCUUACUUACAUCGGGGUCGUAUUUCAAAUUUCUGCAAAUUGCGUUCGGACGAGCUUGUAAAAAUAUAACAAUCAAUAUGUUAUUUGAACAUCUGGGGCGACCCAUUAAAUUCCACCUAGUGAACGUGAGUGAUAAAGAGAAACUUGAAUUAAGCCGGCUCAUAACGGCCAAUGGAGGAGUCGUAUCUGAAGACUCAUUGAUAAAAUUUACUAUCAGAAAUCCUCAUGUAGGAAACGAGGAAGUAUAUCAUGUGAAUUUCAUACACAAUUGCGUGAAGCAAAACAAGAUCUUGGACAUAACAAAAUAUAGGCACGGAGCCAUGGGGAUUGGGUGUCCAAUGAGCCAGUUCUUGAGAGGAAGCACAUCCUGCAUCGUUGAUUCUGAUGCGUCAGAAGAUAACAGACUAAAUCAGCCAAGCUGCUCCACCCGGACAAGAGCUAGAAGAUUUGUAUCCAAGAGUAAACCUUUCAUACAAGAAAGACUGACCAGAAAGAGUGAAAACGAAAUAAUUUCGUUGACUGACAGUGAUUCUGAUGCGUCAGAAGAUAACAGACUAAAUCAGCCAAGCUGCUCCACCCGGACAAGAGCUAGAAGAUUUGUAUCCAAGAGUAAACCUUUCAUACAAGAAAGACUGACCAGAAAGAGUGAAAACGAAAUAAUUUCGUUGACUGACAGUGAUUCUGAUGCGUCAGAAGAUAACAGACUAAAUCAGCCAAGCUGCUCCACCCGGACAAGAGCUAGAAGAUUUGUAUCCAAGAGUAAACCUUUCAUACAAGAAAGACUGACCAGAAAGAGUGAAAACGAAAUAAUUUCGUUGACUGACAGUGAUUCUGAUGCGUCAGAAGAUAACAGACUAAAUCAGCCAAGCUGCUCCACCCGGACAAGAGCUAGAAGAUUUGUAUCCAAGAGUAAACCUUUCAUACAAGAAAGACUGACCAGAAAGAGUGAAAACGAAAUAAUUUCGUUGACUGACAGUGAUUCUGAUGCGUCAGAGGCAAGACCUGACCUUCUUCUAAGAUCUAAGAACAAACUCCGUCCCAGUAAUAAAAUUUUGCCAUCGAAAAGAAGACGACGUCGUUCCAACAGAAAGUACAAUUUUCGGACCUGGGAAAAGCAAAAAAUGGUGAAUUACCUAAUCGAAAACAACUUGAUCAGCCAAGCACGCGGCAAUAGAGUCUGGAAGCAGAUGAUCGAUAAAGGGCUGCUGAAACACAGGACCUUUCACUCCCUCAACAACCACUUUCGGAAAUCCAUGCUGCCAAACAUUCAUCUCUAUAAAAUGGAUAGCAAGAGCCUCGCAAAGUUCCUACGUCUUAAAAUGUAGCUUUCCUCGUAUCCAAUAAAAAGACUUGUCUUUUUUCUACGUUUGAAA